GCCUUCCAUCUUUGAGGACAUGUAUUUCCAUUGUUAAAGCGGUCACUCGAAUAUCUUUUAAAUAGAAUAGACAAUCUUUGAAUAUAUUCAGCCUGGAACGUGACCACGGAUUCUUUACAGCAUGCGCCAUUAGAUGAGCGCGGGGAACAAGACGCAGCAACAGUUUUUUUCCCGAACUCGCAUACAUUUUUCUCAACACAUCAAGGUUAUUUAGAUUGUUGUCUGUUUACGCUGUUUCUACUGCUUUGGGGUAUCAAAAACCCAUAUUUGAAGUUACAUGUAGCUAUUCUUAGUUUGCUAUUAACAACGCGGUAGAAAAAAACGUUCGUAGCUUCCAAACGAGAGGCCUACUAGCUAGCUAUCCUGUUAGCUAGUUUGUUGCAACAAGAAAACGUUACAAGAAACACUCAGGAGUCUUGUCUUGUUUGAGAAGAAAAAACAUUUUUCAGUGCUCCAUCAUCAUGGCUGAUGACUUUGACAUAGAAGCAAUGCUUGAGGCUCCAUAUAGAAAGACUUGCCUAACGAUAUCUCACCUCUACUUCCAUGAAUUCCAGUGUGAUCUGUCAAAAAAUGAAGGAUGAGAUCAAGCACAGUAGUCCCAAUGGCCACGAGGAACGCAGCAAGAAGAAAAAGAAGAGCAGGAGCCGAAGCAAAGACCGGAAGCGAAGCAAGAGCCGUGAUCGCAAGAAGAGCCAUGACCACAAGAGGAGCCGCAGCCGCGAGCGAAAGCGGAGCCGCAGCAAGGAGAGGCGCCGGAGCCGCACUCGGAGCAGAGAGCGCAGCGGCCGAUACAGGGACCACAAGACCACCUUCUCUGGGCCGAAAUUUAACGGUGGUUCCAGAGGGAAGAUUGGCCCUCCACCUGUCAUCAAGCUAAGCCGAAGGCGUUCCAGAAGCCGAAGCCCUUUCAAGAAAGAGAAGAGUCCUGUGAGGCAGCCAAUAGACAAUCUGACUCCAGAGGAAAGGGAUGCUCGCACUGUGUUCUGCAUGCAGCUGGCAGCCAGAAUCCGACCACGAGACCUGGAGGAGUUCUUCUCUGCAGUGGGAAAAGUGAGAGAUGUGCGCAUGAUCUCUGACAGAAAUUCGAGGAGGUCGAAGGGGAUAGCUUACAUUGAGUUUGUGGAGGCCAACUCUGUGCCACUGGCUAUAGGAUUGUCUGGCCAGCGACUUCUGGGAGUGCCAAUCAUUGUUCAGGCCUCGCAGGUAAUGGCUGAAAAAAACAGGGCUGCUGCCAUGGCCAACAACCUGCAGAAGGGCAACGCUGGCCCGAUGAGGCUCUACGUCGGAUCCUUACACUUUAACAUCACAGAGGAGAUGCUGAGAGGAAUCUUUGAGCCUUUUGGAAGGAUUGAGAGUAUUCAGCUCAUGAUGGACAGUGAGACUGGGAGAUCUAAAGGAUAUGGCUUCAUCACUUUCUCAGACGCAGAGUGUGCCAAGAAGGCCCUGGAGCAGUUGAACGGCUUUGAGCUGGCCGGCCGGCCCAUGAAGGUGGGCCAUGUGACGGAGCGCACAGAUGCCUCCAGCGCCAGUUCAUUCCUGGACAGCGACGAGCUGGAGAGGACGGGCAUCGACCUGGGCACCACCGGGCGCCUGCAGCUCAUGGCCCGGCUGGCUGAAGGCACGGGACUGCAAAUUCCCCCAGCCGCACAGCAAGCCCUGCAGAUGAGUGGGGCCAUUGCUAUUGGUGCCAUGGCCGCUGUAUCAGCUGCCAUGAAUCCUGCUAUGAACAUGAACAUGAAUAUGAACAAUAUGAACAUGAAUACAGCUAUGAACCUGCCAUCCCAGCCACUUGCUACACACUGUUUCCAGCUGUCUAACAUGUUCAACCCUCAGUCUGAAGAUGACCCAGGCUGGGAUGUUGACAUUCAGCAUGAUGUCAUUGAGGAAUGCAACAAACAUGGAGGAGUUGUGCACAUAUACGUCGAUAAGAAUUCCACUGAAGGCAACGUGUAUGUGAAAUGUCCAACCAUUCCUGCUGCCAUGGCUGCAGUAAACGCAUUACAUGGUCGAUAUUUUGCAGGUAAAAUGAUCACAGCGGCAUACGUCCCUCUCCCGACAUAUCACAACCUUUUCCCUGACUCUGUGACGGCUACCCAGCUCCUAAUCCCUCCCGCUCGCCGGUGAUCUCACAGCAAGACACACAAAAGGAUUUGUUGGACACUGUAUAAUUGAUUAUUUUCCCUUUCCUCUUUUUAAAAGUUUGACAUUUUAUUGUCUGUGGUCUGUUUUUCAUUCCUGCAAGUUAUGGCAGUAUGUUUUUAUUUUAUGUUAGUAGAUUAAUGAAGAUUUUUUUUUCCAGCAACACAUGUUUUUUUUUUUUAGACUUUCCUUACGUUGGUGGCAAAAAGAAUCAAAGCUUCAUUUGCGUAGCCACAUCCAAACAUGUGUUGGGCAGUGAGGGUGGAGUUUCAACCAGUCUAAUAAAGGGAUUAUAGUCCCUGAAGAGUUUAUUGGUGGAUCUGGACAAUUUACCAUUUUAUCUUUUGUAAAAUGUAUUUUUGUUCAUACACUGUCUUGUGCUUGAUCGCUUUGAAGGGCAUGUUUUCCCUGAAGAAGUGUACAACUUAGACACCCAGACACAAGAAAAUAGGAUAUUGAUUAUUUUUGGAGAAAAAAAAAUAAAAUUCGAACAUUGCCGUUUCAAUUAUACAUCAGAAUAUUAUUCAAUGUUUUAAGCUCCAUGAGCUCUGAAAACGUAAUGACUGAUUUCAGUUGUGCUCAUUUAGAGACAUUUGGUUUUUCAGUAUCUGUUUUCUAAUCAAGAUUUGAUUUUGUAAAGACCUUGAUUAAAACGUAUUUUAAAGUCA